AUGCUACAAAGAGGCUUCAGGAGGUCGGCAUCGACCUUUCAGCAGACGGACAGGAAAAUACUAGAUUUCUAUAAUUACCAUGCGACAAACGCGGCGUUGAAACCCCUUAUUUAUAGGCCGAAGAACAAGAAUUUGUUGUUGGCGAUGGAUCUCAAAGAUCCGGAGUCUAACGCGCCGUUGAAGGCUAGAACACCUGUCAAGCCUUUAAGCAAAGACGUUCUCAAUUCUUACAUCUGGUCCGCUCAGGAGGCCUCUCAGGUGUUGGGAAUGGUGCGCAAAUGGACUUCAUUGACAACGAGAAAGAAGGCGAUCUGGCAGUUUUUUAAUGCGAGCCAUGUUCAGAACAUGCUUUUCGCUGCUAAUUUCAAGCUUGGAAAGUUCUCGGCGUUUGUAAGGGAAUUUUACGCGCUCAAACCCAGAUUCGAGUCAGUUGGAAGCGCAGCUAUUUACGACGUUGAACACUUCUUCAACUCGCUAAUUACGUGCAGUUUGCAUAAAAACGCAGCCCAGGGUACUCGGGACGCUGAUGUUGGUCUCAAGAAGCUCACGAACGCGUGGAACCACGUGGCAGUAAAAAAUGACGACUCUGGUCUUGCUGGACUUUUGAUCGCUGCAUAUGCGAAACAGCAAGGUAUCACUAGCGAGGCCUUAACCAGUCUAGAGACGCCGCUCCCAUCCAUCACCCACGAGAUCAAACUUCCCACACUCAUGUCAGAAUCUAUGUCCAUAGGCAUAACCGCCAAACUAGUGAGCGAAAACCGCUUCAAAUACGUGAUGACGCGCACCAUCCUGCAGUACGGUGACGCUUGCCUCGCAAACGACGCAAUCCAGAAAUUUGUAUCUGAGUACCAACUACUGCAAUCUAAACUUGAUGAUAAGAAAGAUGUUUAUGAGACCUACUGCUCAGUACUUAAGAGCGUUUUGACCGAGCAACACCCUCCCACCGUCACCCACAAGCACCCUGUUGCCGGUGAUGCCUAG